GUACCGCUUGAAAUUCAUCAUAAUAAACUCCCUCUCCUUGGAACCACUCGUCCAUUAUUUCGCGAAAGUCGGACAGAAAUUCAGCGGGUUUUUGAGGGGAAAACCAAAGAAAUGUUUUCUGAUGGCAGAUCGAACUUAGCCGCAACCAACAGACCUAUUUCCUAGGAUUUUGGGAGGGGAGGGGUUAGAGAGAUAAUUCUAGAGAGAGAGAGUGGAGAAUGGUUGUAGUGUGUAAAAAUGAGAGGGGGAGGGGGUAUUUAUACCCAUCAGACCGCACCCUACAGGGGCGGUUUGGUCAUUUCAGCCUUGGUCAAACCUAGGGAUGGCAAUGGGUCGGGUUGGGGCGGGUUUUGUCAAACCCAAACCCAAACCCAUGGGUUUAUCUGCCAAAAAAAACCCGGGGUAAAACCCGUUGGGUUUGGAAAAACUCAAACCCAACCCAACCCGUUGGGUAUCCGCGGGUUCAUGGGUACCCGUGGGUUUUUGUGGUAAAAAAUUUACACUAACAAGUUUCUUUCAAAAUAAAAGUUUAACAUCAAUUUUCUCAUACAAAAGACAUCAAUCUAGAGCAUACAAGCAAACCGCAAAUGAUCAAUACAAAAUGUUCAAAAUUAAAGAUAAACAUCUAUAAACAAUAAGAUUAAUUGAAAGUUUCUUCCUCGUCAACUAAGUUUCUUCACUCUCCACUUCAUAAUAUCAACUUCAUUCUAAACAAUUAGAAAGAACAAAUUAUACAUGUCUUCACAAACAUAAAGAAUAUUAGUUGUUUAAGGAAGAUACAUUAUUUAGAAUAUUAAAUAUACCGGGAAAGUAAUUAUAUGUGUGUGGACGGGUACCCAUGGGGCGGGUUUACCUAAACCCAAACCCAACCCGACCCGGUGAAUAGUGUAGCGGGUUUAAACCCGAACCCGGCCCAAAACCCGUCAACACGGGUUUUACCCGCGUUGACCGGGUUGGAUCGGGUGGGUACCCGUGGGUUCGGGUUUUGUUGCCAUCCCUAGUCAAAGCGCUCCCUUCAGAUGCGGUCUACACAUCCCGAGGGCUGACCGCUCCCUCCCGCUGUGGUCUUCGAUCCGUGGCAAGGAUCGCUGAGGUGGCAAGCGGUCCGCCGCUGGAUCGCUUCCUCAUCCUGCGGUCUCCAUUUAUAAAUUAAACACACCUGGAGGGUGCGGUUUAGUUAUAAAACACACAUUGGAGGUGCGGUUUGAUAAAAAUGGUGCUAUUUUUGUAAAUGUUGUGGGCUGGAUGCUAUUUUUGUAAUUUUUUUUAAUAGGUGCUAUUAUUGGAAAAAUCCCGCAUAACUCAAGUAGAGCUCGUGAGCUCAUCAACAAGCCAAGCUUGAAUCGAGCUCGAGUUAACACAAGUUAAGAUUUUGUAAACAAACCGAGGUCGAGCUUGACUCCUUUAUUAACAAGCUGAGCUCAACGUAGGUUAAAACUCAGCUCAAAAUUGGCUCAUGUGCUGCCCUUGUUGUAGCCACGUUAACUGAUUUAUCCUUCUUGAUCUUGACGGUGUAGGAUUAAAAAAGAAAAAGUACCGAUUGAUCAAAAUAGUAUGGCACUAGUCAGAACGGGACCGAAUCCGGUUAGUAACCCAUAUGUGAGUAAUUAUGCAUAACCCAAUCAUCAGCCGCCACAUCAACACAUCAUCUCUCUCCUGGAAAGCCUGUAAUAUUUUCUCUUGUAAUAUUUAACGAACGAUUUCUCUCUCGUUUUAAGUCAAAAUUUAAUUUUUUUGCACGGAUAAAUCAGACUAAUUGUGCUCUUCAAAAUGAUAUCCACUUUGAUAUAUUUUUAACAAAAAAUUGAGACAUUUUUUACUUGUCUAUACCAUGGUGGUAUUGAUUAAUAUUAAAAUAAGAACAUAUCAUAUGACAUGAAAGCGUACCAUGGUGGUAUGAACAUGUCAAGACUAUAAGAGCAUCUCCAACAAUGCAAUCCUUCUUCACUUUCAAGUGUGGUCCCUACUGCCACCUAAGCAACUCUAGCAAUUACUUCACUCAUCAAUUUCAUACUAGCUACAUCAAUGUCAUUCCAAUGCAAUUGCACUUCUGGGUCUCACUUACAUUUUAAUACCACACAAAUGGUUGGGAAAAGAAGAAAGAAAAACAAAAACAAACAAAAGACCCACUUGUAGUUGCAUGUCAGAUUUUCAUGGUGUGCAAAUUUUCAUCCCUUGAAAGUAGUCUUGCAUCAAUGUCAUCCACUUUUUCAAUUGCACAUGGCUGCCACCUCAGCUUGCAAUUCUCUCCAUUUGCACCAUUGGAGAUGCUCUAAGAUGGUUAAAUACAUGAUAGUAGGAGCAUACUAACUGAUUAUCAACAUUGUGUACCACAAGAUAUCAAGGUGGUAUAGUAUGGUAUUUUUUUGUCUUGUAUUUUUUUCACCAAGAAAUUUUUAGAUCCAAUAGAUCGUGAUUAACUUGUUAUUUCUGUGUAAAUUUUUUCGAAAAUGACUUAAAAACGAAGGAGAUACCAUAUGAUAUGAAAUUGGUAAUAAGAGAUAUGAAAAAAAAAUUCUGAAAAAAUAUUGAAAAUAGAUAUCUUGUAAACCACAACCAACUCGUUCCAUCUAUAAAAAAUUGAAGGGUUAAUAGCAUUUUCUACCCCUCUACUAUCACAAAUUAACAAACCCCUCUACUAAUUUUUUGCACAAACGUACCCUUCUACUAUUAAAACGUAACAAACAUAAUCCUCUGUCUAAUUAGCCGUUAAAUGACUGUUAAGUCGGCUGGUAAAUGACUAAAUUAUCCCUAAUUUGAUGCUAAGUUAAUUUUAAUUAUUUUUUGUCCUGAUUCAAUUAAAGUUAAAGCCGAUCUCUAAAGAAAUCCCCUCCACAGCUCCACGGGAAACCAUUCGUCAAGCUUGACUCCCCUCAAAUGGAAGUCUCUCCGAAAGUUUUGCCACCGAUCGAUCCCCGGCGGCGGCUCUCUCCUUUUCGUCGACGGCUGGAGCAGGAAAGGCGAUCGAUCCGUGGCGGCGACUCUCUCCUUUUCGUCGAAGGCUGGAGCAGGAAAGGCAAUCGAUCCCUGGCGGCGGCUCUCUCCUUUUCGUCGACGGCUGGAGCAGGAAAGGCGGCGCGCAAGGGUGUAGUCAUCCGUUUCUCCCAUCGAUUCCACAGCAGAGGGGCAUGCUUCCCGGCUUCUCCCGCGAUGUUUGGACGCCAACUCCCGGUCGAAUUAGGUGACUUAACUCCCUCGUGCCCUCAGCAAACGUCGGCAGGAGGCUGCAUUCAUGGACGGUGGAGGCAAAAUGAAAAGCAUGAGGAAGCUGCAAAUGCUGAAUCAUUUUCUUGUUGCUUAGAGUUGCCUGAAUGAGGAAGCUGCAAAUGCUGAAUCAUUUUCUUCUUGCUCAUUGUAGCGGUCUGGUUUGUAUUAUGCAGAAUAAACUGCUGUCGUAGAUUGUUUCUUCCCUUGUCAGAUUGAACUGUUCUUGUAUGCAAAUUAAAUUGUUGGUAUCUAGAUUGUAUGCUAUACAAAAAUCAGUCUCUAUAACACUAGAUUAUAUGCUCUUGCACCAGAUUAUCAACAAAUAGAACUGGCAGCAAAGAUUAUAAGCAAAUAGAAAGUUCUAUGAAUGCGAAGAUAUAUGCUCUUAAUCCAGGAAAUACAUUUGUCCAGCAAAGAAAUAAUGCAGCUUAAGACAAUGAGAAACAGACAAAAUGAAAAAUGCAGAAAAGUAACAGCCUGCAGAAACAAGGUUCAUAGUUGCUUCCACCAUAUCUUCACAUGAUCAAUAAUACCAAAACUUGGUUUCAGAGUUACUUCCUACUAUCGACUACUUCACCUUGGCUGCUUGUUUGAGGUCGAGGGAAUUUGGUCUUUACAGGUUCGAGAGUUGUGUCCCUCUUGCUUGCACCUUUUACAAGUAAUAACUCUCCCGGUCUUGCAUAGCUUGGAAGGAUCAUUCUUGUCUGGUGCCAUCAACUCUUCAGAAGUGUAGAUUCUUUUUUUCUUCCUUUGUUGAUCCUCAUUUUCUUCGGCACUCCUCACUCUCUUCUUUUUUGGUCUCCCGGGCAUCACUCUAAAAUCUGGAGGGAGUAUGGGUUCAUAUUCACUUUGGAUCCAUGAUUUAGGACCGUCCAUUGGUUGCAAGGCAUGCUGGUUCUAUCAACUUCAUCAUCAGAGUGGUAAGUAACUGGAAUUCCUAAGUGCAACUUCUCUUUUACCUUCUGCACUUUUGAUAUUAUAUCUUCUCUAUCUGCAAUAUCCUCGUCACUAACCCAAUCUGGGUUCAAUUCAAACUCACUAUCAGUGUUACCCUUCUCUUCUUCACCUUCAUCAUCGACAUCACACGCUUCAUUAUUAAUUGCAGCUGCAAGACUCACAUUUUCAGCAGCUGAACUUUCAUAAUCAAUAGCUGCACUAUCAUUUUCAGCAGCCCCGCUACCAUUUUCUCCUUCAUUAGUCAUGUUUGCUGCCGCACAAACAACUAACAGUGGUACUCCAGAUGGACUUUUCCUUUACCUACCAAAUUCCAAAAUCACAACAUACAACCAAUAUUAAAUUAGAUCUAUUUGUCGUAUAUCCAUCACACACUAAAAAUUAAAAGUAUUAUAAUUGGUUUGGUUUAAACAAACAAUACCUCAGCAAUACCAAUGCACCGAGGAUUUAUUAUGAAAGGCGAUUGCUGUAUGGGUAGAGAUUCCUUCUCAAUGACGGAGAGCAAGCUGCUUCAGUCGCCUAAGCUGGAAGAAUCGAGCGCCACCUUUGAGCUGUGUGUUCGCGCGAAGAAGAUAGAUUAACCGGGGAUCGUGAGCUGUCCUUCCUGCUCUAGCCACCGGCGAGGAGAAAACAGGGGCUGCCGACGGCAAGGAGAAAACGGGACCGACUUCAGGGGAGACUGAAUUUCAGGGGAGCCGGGCUUGUGGGAGACGGAUGGUUUCACGUUAGGUGGAGGGGUUUCUUUAAGGAGUUUGUUUUAUUUUUAAUUAUAGUGGGAAUUAUAAUAAUUAAAAUUAACUUAG